AUGGCAUCAAAAGGUCCCGAAGCAGGAACGAGCGAACCCGAAAAACCGAAAGUGAAUAAAAAGACUGGGCCCGCCCUAUGCCUUAUUCGAAGUCCUGGACCGAAGUAUCUCCUGAAGCCGUUAGUCGGCUACAAAGACCAUUGUUUAUCGAAAGAGCGUGGUCCAGCUUUUUCCUUGUAUCCUCCAUUCCGAUUACUAGAGAAAUGUAGAACUCCUGGACCUUCGCAUUACUAUGAGUUACCGUUGAAGGGUGGAUAUACGUUUGGUCACCGAUCAUACUACUCCGAUGCUACUUGCUCUCCGGGCCCCAAGUACGUAUUACCGUCAGAGAAGGGACCGGCAUUCAGGUUUGGCAUAAGAACUAAACCAAGAGCGGAUUGCGUGUCACCGGGUGGAUACGAUUGUCGUCUACCUAUACCUGGCCCCGCUUUCACUAUAGGGAGGCGUCUACCACAUCUAAAAUGUGAUCCGACGCCAAUGGGAAAGUUUUACAGUGACAAAUUAACUAAGCCAAGUUCACCGAUGUUCACCUUCUAUCAAUCGCGCCCCCUCAAGGAAGUGUGCGCUUCGCCGGGUCCGAAAUAUUUCCCAAAAGGACCGAAACCAACUCCUGUCUUUACGUUUGGUAUGAAACAUAAUGAGUGCUCGCUGCCUUACAUCACCGAGUGCGACGACAAUUGUUGAUUAUUCGAACAAAAACCGUAUACUUGCCUUAUAUUUAGAUGCACGUGUA